GUGGAGUCGGCCAGGGCUGUGCGUUCCCAAAAUAUGACCAGGGGUGCUUGGAUGUGCAGUCGGCAGUAUGACGACGGCUUAAAAAUCUGGUUCGCAUCCCGGGAGAACGAGAAACCCUUCGCGGAUUCAGAGAGGGCUCAGAAAUGGCGACUGUCCCUGGCAUCGCUCUUGUUUUUCACGGUCCUGCUCUCUGAUCACUUGUGGUUCUGCGCCGAGGCCAAAUUCACGGGCACCGGAGAGAAGGAACAGCCGCCGCCCGACAAGCCGGAGCCCGCGGAGCCGGAGCUGCCGCCGGGCAUGGGGGAACCGUCACCCCCCGCGCCCCGGCUCCUCACCCCCCCCGAGCCCUCCCUCCCUCCCUCCCCCGGCAGCGGCGGCGGAGGAGGCAGCGAGCCCCGGCACGGCGAGGCUGCCUUCCUGGGGAACUCCACCGCCGCGCCCCCGGAGACGUGCCCCCCGCCGGGCCGCUCGUCCGGGCGCUGCUUCAGCGUGGGGGACGCCGAGGCGGUGUGCCGGCGGCGGGGAGACCCGGGGCGGCCGCGGGGCGCGGGGCAGAGCCCGGCGCCCGUCUGGGAACUGACGGAUUUUUACCUUUCCUUUUGUAAUUCCUACACACUUUGGGAGUUGUUCGCCGGGUUGUCCAAUCCGGACACUUUGAACUGCAGUCUGGAUGUGGUGCUGAGGGGGGGAGGCUCCUGCAGCCAGUGCGUCCAGGCUUACCAGCGCUACGACCAGCACGCUCAGGAGAAAUACGAAGAGUUUGAGGUUAUGCUCCAGAAGUAUUUACAGUCGGAUGAGUACUCGGUGAAAUCGUGUCCUGAGGAUUGUAAGGUAGGAGCCCCUGCUGUGUUUCCUGUCCCUCGGUGGCGGGCUGCCGGGGUGCCUUCCGUCUGUGCGUGUCGCGCCUCCCUCCGCGCGUUGCGCUGUGCUGUGCGGGAGCUCCGCUCUGGGGAUGCUCGGGGUGAGCCUGGCGUCGGCGGCCGCUGUCCGCGGGUGGGAUCAGCUGGGGACGCUGCGCAGAGCCCCCGGGUGGGCGCUGCUCUAAGGGAGGCAGGCAGAGGGGGAAUGUUAAAAAAAUAA